CACUGAGCACACCAGAGAGCUCAGUGUGAGAUGAGGAGAGACAGAGAGACAGGCACCGGACUCGAAUAUUAAACCAUCCAGACCAGUGACAUGAAGUGGCUUCAUUUGGUUUCUCUGCUCCUCUCUGUCUCGACAGGACUGGUGUGCGGCUCAGAGGUCGAGACUCGUCUAGUGAAAAACCUCUUUUCUGGCUAUAAUAAAGUGGUUAGACCUGUCAAUCACUUUAAAGAAGCUGUGGUGGUCACCGUAGGACUGCAGCUAAUCCAACUUAUUAGUGUGGAUGAGGUAAACCAAAUUGUCACAACCAACGUACGUCUGAAACAGCAAUGGAAAGAUGUGAACCUCCAGUGGAACCCAGAGGAGUACGGAGGAAUAAAAAAGAUCCGAGUUCCCUGCACUGACAUCUGGAGACCUGACCUGGUUCUCUAUAACAAUGCUGAUGGUGACUUUGCCAUUGUGCAUGAAACCAAAGUUCUGCUAGAACAUACAGGAAUGAUCACCUGGAACCCGCCCGCCAUCUUUAAGAGCUACUGCGAGAUCAUUGUGCUUCACUUCCCCUUUGACUUGCAGAACUGCAGCAUGAAACUCGGAACAUGGACAUUCGAUGGAAACCUUGUCAUCAUCAACCCUGACAGCGAUCAGCCAGACCUGAGUAACUUUAUGGAGAGUGGCGAGUGGGUGAUGAAGGACUAUAGGGGCUGGAAGCAUUGGGUUUAUUAUGCCUGUUGCCAAGACACCCCAUAUCUGGACAUCACCUACCACUUCCUGUUACUGAGACUGCCUCUCUACUUCAUCGUCAAUGUGAUCAUCCCGUGCAUCCUCUUCUCUUUUUUGACUGGUCUGGUCUUCUACCUGCCUACAGACUCAGGUGAGAAGAUGACCCUCAGUAUCUCGGUCCUGUUGUCUCUGACUGUGUUCUUGCUGGUGAUCGUGGAGCUCAUUCCUUCUACCUCAAGCGCUGUUCCUCUCAUUGGUAAAUACAUGCUCUUCACCAUGAUCUUCGUCAUUGCUUCCAUCAUCAUCACCGUCAUUGUUAUCAACACACACCACCGCUCACCGAGCACACACACCAUGCCUGCUUGGGUUCGCAAGGUUUUUAUUGAGACCAUCCCUAAUUGGCUGUUCUUCUCUGCUCUGAAGAAGCCCAGUGUGGAAAAGCGCACUAAAAACAUUUUCAUCCCUGAUGUGGACAUUUCAGAUAUCUCAGGGAAGCCGGCACCCACCGCUGUGCCCUUCCAGUCACCCUUAACCAAAUAUCCAGAUGUACGCAGUACUAUAGUAGGAGUCAAAUACAUCGCAGAGACAAUGAAAUCAGAUGAGGAGUCCAACAAUGCCUGUGAUGAGUGGAAGUUUGUUGCAAUGGUUCUGGACCACAUUUUGCUGUGUGUCUUCAUGGCAGUGUGUAUAAUUGGAACAUUGGCUGUCUUUGCCGGAAGACUCAUUGAGCUCAGUUUUUUAUAACAUGGUUAUGAUAUAUUAUAAAGAGUUGGACUUUAGAGGGAUAGAUAU